AUGUCUUAUCGUCUGCUAGCAGCUGGGGUUGUCUUGGUCGCUCUGCUGAAAGCGAUAUAUCAUCGUCUUACCCGUAUCUCUGUCCGCCAUGUACCUGGUCCCCCAUCUCCGUCUUUCUUUAUUGGUAAUAUGCGAGAAUUUCACCAAAGACCUGUAGCCGAAGCGGACUUCGAAUGGCAAGCAAAAUACGGCGACAUAGUCAGGUUUAAAGCGGCAUUCGGGGAAGAUCGUAUCCUCGUUAUGGACCCCAAAGCCUUGCAAUAUAUUUAUCAGACGUCUGGAUACAACUUUCGGAAACCAGCAGAAAUAAACGAGUUAUCGCGGAUCAUCGCUGGAAAUGGAAUUCUUUCUGCUGAGUUGGAUGUUCAUAAGAGACACCGAAAGGUCCUACUUCCCGGAUUUGGUGCCCCGGAAUGCCGAGCGUUUUGGCCAAUAUUCUGUUAUCAUGCCACUCAGUUGAGCUCCAAAUGGAAGGACAUUAUAAGCACUUCCUUAAACGAAGAAGCAGUUGUGGAUGUUCCGCGAUGGUCUUCUCGUGUCAUGUUAGAUGCUAUCGGAGAAGCUGCGUUUGACUACCGGUUCGGGGCAAUGGAUGAUGAUGAAACGCCUCUCAGCAAGGCAUACUCUAGGCUUGUAUCGGAGACAUUCGGCGCUUUACCCGAUGCUGCAAUAUUCACGCAGAACCUAUGGGCGUACAUACCUUCAGAGUGGCUACAUAUUAUUUCCAGCUAUACUCCUGGCAUGGACUUCACGCUUGCGCGACACACAGAAAAGAUCGCGACGGAUGUGGCCAAGGAGCUUGUGGAAAUAAAGACAAGGGAGCUGCUUCAAGGGGGGAUGAACCGGGAUGUUAUGAGCUUGCUCGUCAAGGCCAAUACAACGGAGAAUGAUAGCGCGAAGUUGGAUGAGGAUGAACUCUUGGCCCAGAUGAGGACCAUCAUGUUGGCGGGACACGAGACCACGGCGAACACCGUCAAUUGGGCCCUUCUUGAGUUGGCCCGACACUCCGAAAUACAGCAACGCCUCCGCCAUGAAAUAUGGGCCAAGCAAACAGACCUCGGACAUGAAAUUGGUGUUGGGGACCUCGAUUCGAUGCCGUAUUUGCAGGCUGUGAUUAAGGAAACUCUGCGCUAUCACCCUGUGUUGCCUGUGACCCACCGUGAUGCCGGCCGUGAUGACGUUCUACCUCUUUCGAAACCUAUCCGUUUGACAACCGGCAAAGUCCUGCAUGAAUUACCCAUCCCCAAAGGCCAGAAGCUUACGCUGUCCAUUGCUGGGUACAAUAGGAACAAGGAUAUUUUCGGCGAAGAUGCGCACGUAUUCAACCCAGAUCGCUGGUUAUCUGGCUCCCCCAAGAAUUCUGUCAAUGUAGGUGUAUACUCUAACCUGCUCACGUUUGCUGGUGGCCUCCGCAGUUGCAUUGGCUUUCGCUUCGCAUUACUUGAGUUCCAGGCAUUCAUGAUUGAGCUCGUUGGGACGUAUGAGUUUUCUUUGACACAAGAAGCUGAGAAUAUUCGGCGAGAACCGUGCGGCACUAUGACUCCCUUCAUCGAAGGCCAAAGCGGUAGGGAGGCCCAUCUUCCGCUCAGGAUCAAGUUUGCUUCCAAAAGUGCCGAGCGCUUGUAG